AUUGCAUUAACAUCUCUCUCUCUCAAUUAAUAAAUUCCAAAUGGAUCGUUCAGUUUUAGUUGCUUUUCUUCUUUUAUCAUUUCUUCUAGCCACAGAGAUGGGGCCUAUGUCAGCGGAGGCUAAAACAUGCGAGGUUGAAAGCGGUAAAUUCAAGGGGAUGUGCAUGAGUUCUACCAACUGUGCUAGUGUUUGCAAAUCAGAGCCUGGUUUUGAUGGUGGACAUUGCCAAGGCUUUCGUCGCCGAUGCUUGUGCACUAAGCCUUGUUAGAUCAACAAUCUAUUAUAUUUCAUUGUCACGAAGAUGGCCCUUUUUUUUGCUUAUCAUGCAUUAUAUGCUUGAGAGUUGAGAGAAAUAAGACAUCUCCAACUUGUUUUGUAAACCAGUAAUUUUUUUAUUAGAAUUAAAUUAAUCUUUUAUGAUGCUUAUAUUGCACAAAAAAGAUUAAUA